UUGCAGAUAUUUUGUCUUCACGGCGGGCUUUCGCCAAGCAUUGAUACACUCGACCACAUCAGAUCUAUUGAUCGAUUGCAGGAAGUGCCGCACGAGGGACCUAUGUGUGAUCUUCUUUGGUCUGAUCCGGAUGAUAGAGGAGGAUGGGGAAUAUCACCUCGAGGUGCUGGAUACACGUUUGGGCAGGAUAUAUCCGAAACAUUCAGUCACACUAAUGGCAUAUCGUUGAUUUCACGGGCCCAUCAGCUAGUGAUGGAAGGUUAUAAUUGGUGCCAUGAUCGACAGGUGGUGACCGUGUUUUCUGCCCCGAAUUAUUGUUAUCGUUGCGGGAAUCAAGCUGCAAUUAUGGAGCUCGAUGAUAGUUUACAAUAUUCAUUCCUGCAGUUCGAUCCUGCUCCACGGCGGGGCGAGCCGCACGUUACGCGUAGAACGCCCGACUAUUUCCUGUGA